AGAGAACAAAAACUAUGGUUUGGAGAGAAAACAAACCCGGCAUCCUCACUUGCCUGCAGGCCGAUGCGCUAUCUCACUGAUUGUAACAGGUGCACGCGCGUUUCAGCCGUCGCUCCCGGCACGUCGCCACUCGGCACUCGCCGCUCACCGCAGCCAUGGCCCCGCCGCCGCGGCCUCUCCUCGCUACUUCCCUCCUCUCCCUCCUCCUCCUCGUCCUACUGCACGGCCACUCGCCGCGCGCCGCCGCGGCGGCGGCGGUUUCGCCGUCGUCUCUCGGUGACGACCUCCUGGGCGCGGCCGGCGCGCCGGGUUUCGCGGCGUGGCUGCGCGGCCUGCGGCGUCGCAUCCACGAGCGCCCCGAGCUCGCCUUCCAGGAGCACCGCACCAGCGAGCUCGUCCGCGCCGAGCUCGACGCGAUCGGGGUGCCGUACGCGUGGCCCGUCGCGCAGACGGGCGUCGUGGCGACCAUCGCCCCCGGCGGCGGCGGCAGAGCCAGCGAUGGGCCGGUCGUCGCGCUCCGGGCGGACAUGGACGCGCUACCCUUGCAGGAAUUGGUAGACUGGGAACACAAGAGCAAGGAAAGUGGAAAGAUGCAUGCUUGUGGACAUGAUGCUCACACAACGAUGCUUCUUGGGGCAGCUAAAUUGCUUCAUGCUCGGAAGGAUGAUUUGAAGGGUACUGUGAGGCUUAUCUUCCAGCCAGGAGAAGAAGGUCACGCUGGCGCUUAUCAUGUUAUCAAAGAAGGUGUCCUGGACGAUGUGUCAGCCAUUUUCGGCUUGCAUGUUGAUCCAAGACUUCCUGUAGGCACCGUUUCCUCCAGACCAGGGCCAUUUCUAGCAGCAUCAGGUAGAUUUUUGGUGACGAUCAAUGGAAAAGGCGGACAUGCUGCAGGGCCCCAGGAUGCUGUGGAUCCCAUUGUUGCAGCAUCCUCUGCCAUCGUCAGCCUUCAGAUGCUUGUUGCCCGGGAAAUUGAUCCUCUGCAGGCUGCAGUGGUCUCGGUGACGUUCAUGAAAGGAGGUGAUGCUCACAAUGUCAUUCCGGAGAAAGUAUCCUUCGGUGGUACCUUCAGGAGCUUGACAACAGAAGGCUUUUCGUAUCUUAUGAAGAGGAUCAAAGAGCAAGAAAAUGAUAUCUUUAUACUUCUUUCAAAGAUCAUAGAAGCUCAAGCCACCGUCCACCGCUGCACCGCCGUCAUCGACUUCAUGGAGGAGGAGCUCCGUCCAUAUCCAGCAACUGUAAACGAUGAAGGGAUGUACCAUCACGCCAGAGAAGUGGCGGAGACCAUGCUUGGGCAGGAGAACGUGAGGGUAGGCGCCCAAUUAAUGGGCGCUGAGGAUUUUUCCUUCUAUGCGCAGAAAUUUGCAGGGGCGUUCUUCUUUAUUGGAGUCCGCAACAAGAGCAUGGAGGCAAUGUAUCCCCUGCACUCCCCUUACUUUGUGAUUGAUGAGGAUGUGCUCCCUGUAGGAGCUGCCUUCCACGCUGCAGUAGCGAUGGAGUACCUGAUCAAACAUACAGCCGCGGCAAACUGAACUGCUCGCUGAACUGUGAUAGAUUGCUUCCCUGCUUGUAAGGAUUAUGAUAGUGAACCUCAUGUUUUACAAAUAAUUGUAGUUUCGCCUUGCUCUGUACGUCAAUUGCCUAUAUAUGGGUUUCAGCAUAAUUUAAUCAUCAUAUAUAAACUUUAAUUUA